AUGACCGAGGUAUCCUCCACCAGGCUGUACCUGGGAAAUCUCCCUCGCAAUGCCACCAAGGCUGAUGUCGAGGCCCAUUUCGCGACCCAUGGCACUGGUGAAAUCACCGAAAUCAAGCUCAUGAACGGAUUCGGCUUCAUCGAGUACAAGGAUGCCAUGGAUGCUCGCGAUGUUGUUCCUGCCUUCCGUACGUCCUACUGCACCGUCCCACCACAUGGAUCCGACUUCAUGGGCGAACGCUUGACUGUACAAUUUGCCCGUGGAACCCGUCACAGGGAGGGCGGCAGUGCCGGUGGCUUUGGCAACAAUGAGCGCGCUCCUCCCAGGCCUCGCCGCACUCCCCAUCGAAUGCAGAUCACGGGACUUCCCACCGAUACCAGUUGGCAGGACCUCAAAGACUUUGCUCGUCAGUCAAGCCUUGACGUUGUCUACUCGGAAACGCCCCGCGACGGCAACGGGCGCGGUUUCGUUGAAUUCGAGACUGCGGCAGACUUGAGAACUGCUGUUGAGAAGCUUGAUGGCCGAGAAUUCAAGGGAAGCCGCGUUACCUGUGUAGCAGACACACAGCCGGACAUGCCGCCUCGCGGCGAUAUGCGCAGCGCUCGGUCUCGUUCGCCCGGCGGCGGCCGUCGACCCUACCCGCCUCCAGUUGACGACUACGACCGACGUGGUCCUCCGAGAGGCUAUAGCCCACGCAGAGAUGGCUAUCGUGAGGGAUACCGUGAGCGUAGCCCCCGCCGCGAGUACUACGACGAGCGUGCUCGUUACCGCUCUCCUCCGCGUCGCCCCAUGGACGAUUACCCCCCUCCACGAGGCCGUUACGACGACCCUUACCGACGGGAUUAUCCCCCGCCGCCCGACCCCUAUGUCAACGGCAGGGGACCGUACGAUCGCCCCCCUAGAGACUUUCCCCCUAGGGAGGCAGGUUACCCGCGUGAUGGGUACCCUCGCGAGUAUGAACGUGGUGGCCGUUACUGGUAACUCACUCCUGCUCAUAAACUUGCCUCAUAGGGGCUGUCCUUGACUCUGAAUAGAUCCUGGAAGCACCUCCACUCUAAUGGCUCAAGCCAAAAUGGUAAAUAGCGGUGGCAGCAAGCGGUGUUCCGUGAGAAUGAAUUAGGAUGAGGCAGUCGAGCAGUGUUAGGCUUGCACUUCUACGGUGUUCGUCAAGCAGACGUCCCAGGCGUGUUUCAAAUUGCGAUUUUUGUCGAAGCAUCAUCAACAACACAGCUGCGGAUGCAACAAUUCGGGGUCCGUUGAAUUCAGGAGGGGGAAAAACGUCGAGUGCUGAUGUAUAUUGUACGAUUACAUGCA